AUGACAUUAAAUUUAAAGAUUGCCUAUUAUAUGUAUUAGGAUUCUAUAGAAAUAAAAUCCUUACAAUAAACAUAUGACUCUGCUAUAAUAUAAUCUGAAUAGAUGAUAGAAGUUAUGAAAGAAAAGCCAAAAGAACAUUUUAUCAAGUUAGGAGUAGAUUUAGAUGAUAUAUCUAAUCUUUUUGAGCAUUUUGCAAAUAAAGAUACGGAUAAUUAGAAAAAAUUAUUGUUAAUUAAAAUCUCUGAGAAAUGA